CUUGACCAGAUUUUGUGAGAAACCAAUCUAUAGAUGACAGAGGGAAAAAAAAUAUCUCAGACAAAUGCCUUGAUUUGACCUGAAGGUGAGUGGAUUAAAGAGAUCGGACUCGUCAUCUUUUUCAAUCAUCACAGAGAAAAAUUCCCACAUUUUCUUACAUCAAAAUGAGUAGAAAAAUCCUACCCAGCACAGAGUUUCUGAGAACUGAGAAACAGUAGGCAGGAGAGGGAGUGAAGGGGAGGUCUCGUCGGUCUUUUACAUGGUCAACAAUAUUUUUCUAGGUUUUGCUGUCAGGUGAGGAAUGAAAGUACAAAACAGACCGGAGGUAAAGAGCCUGAAAUGUCCAAUCUAACCUUCCACAGUGAAAUCAAAGUCGACUCUGUUUCAUCCCAGUUCCUAAAUCCUCGGUUUCUCCGCUGUGGGGAAUUGUUCUUCAAAAGUUUGAUCCUUUUCAAUGGCUUAAUUUCCUCAACUUCUAUGAUUCUUGCUCCAAAUCUAUAUUUGGGAGCAAUCCCUCUAAAUCCUCGAAAUAGAUCAUACCGACCUCUUUCUCACAUCCGGGUAUCCGUGCUGAAAUCAAGAACGUGCGAGUGUUUUGAUUUGCAUAAGGAGCUUAUUCCAUACGGGAAGGCAUGGUCUUGGCAGAAACAGAUUGUUAAAGAGAAGAAGGAAUUAAUUGAAAGAAAUGGGGAUUGCCCGGAUACUUUGAUUGUUCUUCAGCAUCAUCCUGUGUAUACCAUGGGCACUGGUAGCUCAGAAGAGUACCUGAAUUUUGAUGUAAAGGAAGCUCCUUUUGAUGUUUAUCGAACCGAGCGCGGUGGGGAAGUAACAUACCAUGGACCUGGACAGCUAGUUAUGUACCCUAUUAUCAAUCUCAGAAAUCACAAGAUGGAUCUUCAUUGGUACCUCAGGGCGCUUGAGGAAGUGGUUAUACGGGUUCUUUCAUCAACAUUUUCUAUUAAGGCUUCCCAGAUUAAAGGUUUAACUGGCGUUUGGGUUGGAGAUCAGAAAUUGGCUGCAAUUGGGAUUAAAGUAUCUCAGUGGAUAACUUACCAUGGAUUAGCUCUGAAUGUCACCACAGAUCUAAAACCUUUCAAUUGGAUAGUUCCAUGUGGGUUGCGGAAUUGUAGGGUUGGAAGCAUAAAGGGAUUACUAGAAGAAUUCUGGUCAUCCAAAAGAUGCGAGAAAGCCAAUAUGCAUCAUCCUGAUGAUUGUCAGCUGAUUGAUAUCUCAUAUAAAUCCCUGAUUAAGGAAUUUUCUGAACUUUUCCAGCUUGAAGUCCACCAACAGACUAUUCAAAUGUUGGAUUUUUGAAUGUUUCAUUGAGAGUUAAGGCUUGUCUUAUAAUCCUUGAAUUAAAACUAGGUCUGAACACCAUGUGUAAGAUUUACUUACCCUCAACUAUUAGGGGUUUAUUUUAUCAUUAUUCUCUUCACUUGCAUUGCAUCCUGAGUCCUGUUUACAGAGAAGGAAGCUUGUUUCUAGUUUGAAGUUUUUACAUUCUUAUUGAAAUUUGAGGAAAAUUUUGCAAAAUCGUAAUGAUUUAGGAUCUUAUAAAUUCUCAUUUGCCUU